GCGGCCCUGUGCGGCCGCCGCCAUUUUGUGCGGGAGGCGGCGCGCGGCCCGGCGGCAGCGGUUCGUCAGCCGGGGGGGCCGAGGCCGCACUCCGCCUGCGGCAGCGGGCACGGCUGUCGGGCAGAAAAGGCCUCGCGGCGCUUUGUUCUCCCGUGGGGUGGGUGGCUGUUGCCGGAGAACAGGGCUGGGAGAGGCUGUCGUGCUGCCCGGCGUCCCCGCGGGCCCGUCCCGAGCAGCGUCCGCCAGCCCUGCACUCUGCGUGAGCGCUCCCCUCUCCCGGGAGGCUGCUGAGCGUGCAGAGAGUGUACUGAAGCAUGUUUUUACCACGAUCUGUUAAAGUCAAGAGGACUGCUGAUGAGGACAAAAGUUGUACAGCUAAGAAAAGUAAACUGUCUUCUGGAGGAUCUUCUCUAGAGGUGACCACAGAGUUCCAGGACUGUAAGUCACUUGGAACAGAAACUUCUGCUUCAACAGACAAUCCAAGUGAACUUCUACAGCAACACACAGAACCUGCAGCUGCAGACCUUGGUGUUGCUAAUACACCAUUGGCCGAGGACAGCCAAAAUACUGAGGAUGAUGGCUCUCUGGAAGAACCCGUAAAAUCCUUCAGCAAAUCCCAGCGCUGGGCAGAGCCUGGAGAACCUGUGUGUGUUGUGUGUGGCCGCUACGGGGAGUACAUCUGCGAUCAAACAGAUGAAGAUGUUUGUAGUUUGGAAUGUAAAGCCAAACACCUUCUACAAAGUCAAGCAAAGGAAAAGCAGCUAACUUCUGAUCAAGCCACAGAUUCUCAAGCAGAAGCUCACCUGCAUAAUACACCAUAUUUCUACAAAGAUCAUUCCUUUAUUUUAGGUUUGCAAGAGGAGCAGGUUGAGAACCUUAAACUUCAGCUGGGUAUUGCUGUCCAGGGCCAGCAAAUUCCAAGACCUAUUGUAGAGUUUGAACACUGUGGUUUUCCUGAAACUUUAAACAAUAAUUUAAAGAAUUCUGGCUAUGAAGUCCCAACUCCCAUCCAAAUGCAAAUGAUCCCUGUUGGACUAUUAGGGAGGGAUAUUCUGGCUAGUGCUGACACGGGCUCUGGAAAAACAGCAGCUUUCCUGCUUCCUGUUAUUAUGAAGGUUUUGAAAGAGACAGAAACUCCAUCUGCCCUUAUUUUGGCACCAACGAGGGAGUUGGCAAUCCAAAUAGAGAGCCAGGCGAAGGAGCUGAUGGCCGGGUUACCCAACAUGAGGACGGUUCUGCUGGUGGGAGGUUUGCCCCUGCCCCCGCAGCUGCACCGCCUCAGGCAGAGUGUGAAGGUGAUAAUAGCAACACCUGGAAGACUUCUUGAGAUUUUAAAGCAAAGUUCUGUUCAACUGCAUGGCAUAAAAAUUGUAGUGGUGGAUGAAGUGGAUACCAUGCUAAAAAUGGGUUUCCAGCAGCAAGUGUUGGAUAUUUUGGAAGACAUCUCUCAUGAUCAUCAAACCAUACUGGUGUCAGCCACGAUUCCAGUGGGCAUUGAGCACUUGGCAAAUCAGCUUCUGCACAAUUUUGUCAGAAUAACAGUUGGAGAGAAGAAUCUGCCAUGUUCCAGUGUUCGCCAAAUUAUCUUGUGGGUAGAAGAACCAUCUAAAAAAAAAAAGCUGUUUGAAAUACUAAAUGAUAACAAGCUCUUCAAGCCUCCAGUGUUGGUGUUCGUGGACUGUAAACUAGGAGCAGAUCUCUUGAGUGAUGCUGUUCAUAAGAUUACAGGAUUGCAGUGCACAGCUAUGCAUUCUGAAAAGUCUCAAGUGGAAAGAACAGACAUAUUACAGGGAUUACUUCAAGAGAAGUAUGAAGUUAUAGUAAGUACUGGAGUCCUUGGACGAGGGCUUGACCUUGUCAAUGUCAAACUGGUGGUGAAUUUUGAUAUGCCUUCAAGUAUGGAUGAAUAUGUACAUCAGGUUGGAAGAGCAGGGAGAUUGGGUCACAAUGGAACUGCAAUUACUUUUAUCAAUAACAACAGCAAGAAGCUCUUUUGGGAUGUUGUGAAGAGAGUGAAACCCACAGGCACCAUUCUUCCCCCACAACUGCUUAAUUCCCCAUAUCUGCAUGACCAGAAGAGAAGGGAACAACAGAGACUUAAACAGUUACAUAAUAACCUUGUAACAGGAGAUAAUAUUAUGGACAUUAUUAAAAAACACAACAAAAAUAAUUCUCAGCGGUAAUAAAUGCAUAUUUAUGUAAUUACAAUAAAAGUAUGAUUAAAAUACA